UGUGUCAGAGGAAGAGGCCCGGGCCGGGGAGCAGCCGUGUGCGGACUGGAGGGAGGUGACUGCUCUCACCUGCAGCCGCCAUAGACAGGAGGACGCACCUCCUAGGACAGUGCGCCUGAUGUCCAGCAGGAGGCGCUGCGUGAUACACAGAACUGCACUCUGCGUCUGCGCCAGCAGUAGCGUCCCUGAGUGCUGAGCACUAGUGUAGCGUCCGCGGCGCUGACAGGAGUAGUAGUACUAUUGUAUGCGCUGACUCCGCAGCACUCCCUCAUGGCUGCCCCCAAGCUGCUGUGCCUCCCCCUGCUCGCCCUGCUGCUUGCCUACUGGUUCCGCCAUGUGGAGAAGGAUACCCCGCAGGACCGGUUAGACACCGUGCUGUCAUCUCUGCUGCAGGCGGAACAGAAAGUUGGUUUGGACGUGGAGCGCCCCCCUCGUGUAGCCAUUGGUUUUGGAGGUUGCCUCGAUAUAAUAGUAGAUGGAGUGGCGUUAAUGCAGGAGGCGGCCAUAGAGCCAAGCUACAACCCCGUCCACCACAACUUUAUAGAGACCGAGGUGCAGCUGGCAGAGAGCUUUGCCUACUUUUUUCCUCCAGGCGCUGCUUCAGAACGAUACGUGUCCAACAGCACCCUGUUUAGGAAACUUUUAGAUGCGUCAAAAAGACUUUCAGAAAUGCGCUGGGCCCUUGGUGGGAAUGCCCCAGUUAUGGCUAAUCGCUUAGCUGCUGAAGGAUGUGACGUCCUUCUUGGGGGCCGUCUGAGUACAGAAGAAAUUAGCGUGUUGUCGGACCGCAUCACAGUGGCUGGUGAGCCUAUAACAGAGGCUGACAUUCAUCUCAUAAUGGAAUAUCCAACUGGAUCUAAAUGGGGAAAACACGUCUCGCGUCGUGCCAACAGGUACAUAGUGCACAGUGAUUCACACAACCCAAUGCUUGAUUCUCUGGAAGAUUUUAAGUACCAACUGGAAGAUUUUAAGCCAGAUGUCCUUGUGAUUGGAGGGUUACAGAUGAUGGACAGUUUUCCCUUUAAACCAGGUCAGCGUGAAGCCCGGCUUAAAGCCCUUCAAGAUAUGCUAUUGUCUAUGGAUCAGAAGAUUGGUUGCCACUUCGAGAUGGCUUCUUUUGUGGAACACGGUCUGAUGAAGGAUUUGCUAGAGUACAUCAUUCCUUACUCUGAUUCCUUGGGUAUGAAUGAACAGGAGCUUCCCAAUUUGCUAAGUCUUAUUAAAGGAGGAAACAUUACAGUGUUAUCAGACCCUUACCCUCGCGUGGCCUCCAUCCUGGACCAAAUGCGGGAGCUUUAUCAGCUACUCAGAUCCCAAGAACCAAAAAAGGGUCAGAGGCCACUGACCCGACUACAUGUCCACACUUUGGCUUUUCAAGCUAUGAUGGUGACCAAAGGAUCCAUGUGGAAGAACACAAUGUCUGCUACAGCAAAGGCAUCUCUGACAGCCAACAGGCAUGUGUGUGGAUCUGCCCGGAUUGACACACGCAAGGCCAAACUUAUCAUGGAUGACUCUUUCUCUGUCAGCCGUGAAGUGGGCAGUCAGAGGAUACCCUUCAAAGAAAGUCGCCCAGUGUCUUGUUGGGAAGAAGAGACUUAUGAGAUCUGUCUGGCACCUGUUUUGGUCUGUACUGAAGUAUUCCAAACUGCAGGUGGAGGAGAUAAUAUCUCCGCUGCAGGACUUGUGUUGCAAAUUUAAAGGUAUUUUAUGGGUACUCGAUGACUGACCAACAUUCCAGAACUGGAUAGCUAUAUUUCCGAUGCUGCGAAAAGGAUACAUUGACAGAAACUGACAUGAUCUGAGCCAUAUUGUUGUUUUAUCUGUGUCCUUCAAGAACUCCUUGGUAGUUACCUCCCAAAUAAGAGAAGUACGGGCAGUGUUUUUUUAUUAUUGCAGUUUACUCAAUGUGGGCUACAAAUCAUUUUUCAAUUAAAAAUUCUCAGCAGUUUUUGUUCUACAGGGUUAAGGUUAAGUCUCAGUCUUUCUGCAGAGUAUUUUGUGUUCAGUUUUACACUGAACUGUCAGGUUGCUACUCUGACGGCUCAAUCUAUAGUCUAAAUUCCUGACAGCUAAUGAGAUGAGCACUAUACUUUGAGCCAUCAGAGCAGCAACCUGACAAUUCAUUGUGAAACUGAACGCAAGAUACUCUGCAAAUAGGCUGAAACUUAACCUGUAGAACAACUGCUGAAAAACUUUAAUAAAGACCAAUAGAAGAAAAAAAUAUUUGCAGUCCAAAAUGAGUAAAAUGCGAUAGUAACAAAUUGCCUCGACGCUGUCCUUGCCCUGUAUCCUUCUCUAUCCUCAUUUCAGGAUAAACUCAUGCCUGCAGGAACAUCAAAGGUCACCAUUUGACCAUGCUAAAUGCAGGGAUCUGGGAUUUAAUAUUAUUUGGAGUUCCUUAGGAAGUAAUCAAUGUGAACAGACCUUCCAUGUUUUAUGCAUGUAUGUCUUUGUUUUAUUUCUUGAAUUUUUGUUGUUUGUUUUUAUGCUUCUGAUAUGCUAUCUGUUUCUGCACUCCUUGCUCUUUCCAUUUGCUAUCUUUCCACUAUAUUCUGGACCAACUGUUUUAUUCCUCUCAUUUCCCAUGUGAGGACCAAGAUCUUACUUUUGACUAGCCUCACUCUUUACAAGCUAAUUCAGACCCAAGGUGAAAGUCGCUUAUCGAUGGAGUUGUGUAAUAUUAUAGUUUUAUUUUGCAUUUAUUAAUGUUUCAGUUCCAGUUUCCCGGGAAUUAGAAGAGAAUAGAAAAGAAAUGCACCCCCUGUGUGUAAACAGUUUUUCGGAGAGUGCCCCUAAUUUUCAGGGAUCGUAACUCACCAGAUCAGGUUUUGCACGCCAUGCACAACACUGGAAAGCGUAUGUGGAAUAGCUUGUGCGUUAUCGAAGCAGCUCCCUUUUGCAGCGGGCAUCCAGAGUAGGUCCCGAUAAGAGGUAAA